GUCGUGUCACGUGUUUCCGCUCUACACCCUUUCAGCGAGCUGGAUAAUUACAAUCAUUGAUCUGUUGAGUUUGAUCAAGUGAUUUAUUUGUUAUGACCAAACCAAGUGGUUUUCAUUAAUGCUAUCUUCAAUUCUGAUUCUUACAGAUCUGGAUAUGGUUUUUGGAUUCGCAUAACCGACCAUGAAGUGAAACAUUAUUGAACUUUAAAAGAUCUUGUUGUAGCAAUGGGCUCUGGUACUUGACGUUGAUCAAAAUACUCGCAAUGUGGAUUGAUGUCCCAUUAAGAUAUGGAAUAUAAUCAUUGUCUGAGAAUGAUAAUUCUGUCAGCUCUUGUGAUUGCCUUGUUAACAAAUGGUGUCGGAGGUGGAACUGCUAUUUCAAUCAUUUUAGACAAGAUCGUCAUUCAGUUUAAUGAAACUACGUUUCAAACCUUUUAUCACUGCCUGUGUACAACACCUUAUGAAUGUCAAUUCAGCUACAAGAAUACAAGCAAUGUUAUUACGAUUCAAUCAUACAGCCAGUUUUCACUUGUGAAUCAGAAUGUUACAUUUUUCGAUGCUUUCUUAUGCACCAUUCCCAAGGGGACAUUUUCAUGCUACCGACUAACGACCGAGCAACUCGAUACAACGGUGCCUGUCAACGAACCAGACAAGUGCAGCUCUGUCAGCUACGGCAACCAGACUUGUUUCCCCAGAGGCGUCGCCUUGUUGUGGGCGAUGGGAACGUACAAGGUCAAUAUUACCAGCGAAAACAUAUCCCAGACGAAUAACUGUCCCGAUGUUAUCUCCCUAUCCACCUCUGUCAUGCCCAGCACUACUGUGCAGGAUGCCCCUUCAAGUGAACCGCCUACGACCUCUUUGAUCGCCUCUGCUAGCUCCAGUGUUGACAAUCCCCAGACCUCUGGCUAUCUUGUCAGUACAAGCACGCAGCCUUACUCAUCAGCUGCCGCAACUCUACCAAGCGAAAGUGUAACGCCGUCAAAUGUUGAGUCUGCUAUAGCACUAACAGUAACUCAAACACCUGGGUCCCUGAGCUAUAUGUCGUAUGACUACACGCAAGCCUCACUUAGCCUUGACCCCAUCAGUAGUUCAGUUUCCACGUCAUCACUUUUAACCUUGACCACAGAAUCUUUGUUAACGGAUUCAGAUGGCGUCACUCAGCUUGAGCCCUCGUCUUUGUUUCAAUCUAUAACUCAUUCGUUACUAACCACCACUGAGUGGACCACACCUGCACUGCACAUUUCCACAUUAACUUUGGCACCUGAUUUGUCGUUCACGACCACGCGUGGUCAGCCGAUGACCACUGCUGCUCCUGCCACUAACUCUGUGCCGCUUGACGCUUCUCUAAGUGUUGUUACCAAUGUUUUCUCAGUGUCUUCUAUGUUAGAUGUCAGCAUUAUACUUGAUGUAACAUUGACUUCUGGUUUGGACUUCAACACCCCCACAUCUACAAGCACCACUGUAAAGGCCACUUCAAGGCUAUCCACAGGUAUUAUUCAAUCCAGUUCAAUUGUAAUAAAUACCGACACCAUUACAGAUUUAUUGGUAGCAUAUACUGAAACAACUUCACAAUCUGACACUUAUAUGCUAACAGCUGAAUCAGAAUCAGGUUUAAAUAUAAUACCAUCGACAGUUACCUUGUUGGGUUCAAAUAGUGUAGCACCAACAGUUAGUGUGACAGGUUCAGCUAUUACAAAACCUACAGAUAGCGUACUAGGUACACAAAGUAUAGCACCAACAGUUAGUGUGACAGGCUCAGCUAUAACACAACCUACAGAUAGCGUGCUAGGUACACAAAGUAUAGCACCAACAGCUAGCGUGACAGGUUCAGCUAUAACACAACCUACAGAUAGCGUACUAGGUACACAAAGUAUAGCACCAACAGUUAGCGUGACAGGCUCAGCUAUAACACAACCUACAGAUAGCGUACUAGGUACACAAAGUAUAGCACCAACAGUUAGCGUGACAGGCUCAGCUAUAACACAACCUACAGAUAGCGUACUAGGUACACAAAGUAUAGCACCAACAGCUAGCUUGACAGGUUCAGCAGUUAUACAACCUACAAAUAGUUUAUUAAGUACAAAUAGUAUAGCACCAACAGUUGGCGUGACAGGUUCAACAAUUACACAACCUACAGAUGCCGUGCUAGAUUCCAAUACUAUAGCACCAUCAAUUAGCGUUACAGGCUCAGCAAACACACAAACUAUAGAUAGUGUGUUAGGCUCAAACAGUAUAGUACCAACAUCAAGCGUAUCAGGUUCAGUUAGUAUCCAAGAAACAGUUAGCAUAUUAGAUACACUUAGCCACAUUUUAACAAGAACCCUUACAAUGGUAAAUGUUGGUAAUUCCGACCUAGAAAGUCCACUCAACACCAGCCCCACAACUUUCUACAAACCUAGCUAUUUGACACUUGACAGCACACAGAUAGCACCAACUACUCAAACUGAAUCAUCUUCACUUACAGACUCCAAAACUAUAUCAUUCGUUGCUAUGACUACAUCAGUUGUCUCCCCAACACAUUUGACUUUAAUUACCGAGCAACUAAACACGCACUCGUUGUCUACAGGAAGUUGGCCAACCAACAGCGGGAUGAUAUCUGGAUCGGUCGUGGUCACUACGACCUUAAGCCUUUCGGAUAUCGCACCAACAUUGAGCAGUUCAUAUACAAGUUUAGGAUUUGUAUCUCUGAGUUCUGCCCCUGGUACUAAAACUUUAGAUACCCUAACACAAUCCGGGUCAACAAGAACCGAUACUCUGUCUAAUUCAGCUCUUACUUCUGGAGCUAUUGAUGCCAGCGCUACAGCGUCCUUGUAUACCUCUCUUUUAAUAAGACCAUCCAUGACAGAUUUAACAUACACUGGGGUCGUAGCCUCCACUAUUAACCCUUCUCCAUCGCAGCCCACAACGUCAGACUCGAAUUAUGGAUCAGGUGGUCAUAGCAGCGGCGUCACCCUGCACCCGACCGCUUCAUCUUCCCUCUCCACGUCAUCUCCCCCUCCAGCAAAUGCCACCAUACCUCCCCCCGGUCUAAACAGCAGGCAGGAGGACGACCGGGACAAGAUCAUCGCCAUCACUGUUGGGGUCAUCGGAGGCGUGCUGUUCAUCUUCGCCAUCAUCAUCGCUAUCUUCUGCUGGAGGCGCAGGCAGAAGGACCGAAGCUACGAAACGAUGGACGCUCAGAGCACUUCCUCGGAUCAACGCUCGGACACGAGCGAAGAGAUCCCCAGUAAAACCCCAGACGCAGUCAACUUUGAUGGCAUCAUCCCUAGAUUCCCUAACUACAAAGACUACAACGGAUGGGACACCUUCCGGCCCCCCUACUUCACAAUGAUCGACAUCGGUCCCACGGCUCAUAACAUCAUCAAAGGCUCUGUGGUCAGUCCAGAAGACGCAACUUUAACUAAAAAAUCCUCCUUCAAAAAGAAGAGCUCCAUGAAAUCUGUACAGUUCGUCAAUCCAUUAGUGGAAGAAAUAGAACCGGACUACGACGCCACUGUUUCUAUUUCUUCUAACGGGCAGCCCAAAAAAGGCAUCAUCGUUAAGACAGUCAAAUUUAAAAACACGGUGACAGAAAGUAAUGACUUCGAAGACGUUCCAAAAGAGGAUACUGACAAAGAGCAGAGCUAUGAGUACCCCCAUCAAACCUCCUCCGAUUACGACUAUGCAACUGUCAGUUUCAGUGGUGAGAAUAGAGACUCCCAUGGAACGUAUGACACGCUGGGAACAGUGUCAGAUUCACCAGCGAAAACCAGUGGACCUCCUUCAACAAGUUUUCAGUCUAACACACCCAAUGGGCACACGCCUAAUAACACAGUAGAAGAGAGUACACACUUCUAGGCUUCACGUGUUAUCAACGUCAAGGUUGUGUCCUUAAUGCAUUGUUCUAUAUAUGGAUUACACUGAAGACAACGUCAGAGAAACUUAUAAAAAGACUGAUUGUCCGUUUGUUUUCCUUAGUCAGGCAAAUUGAAAAGUCAACCCCAACUGUGAAGCACGUUCUGGCCUGUUUGACACCUUCUCCAGUGACUUUGUCGAUACAAUAAUAAAUUCCAUGACCAAAUGUAAAA